GCCAGCACCGUGCAGCCGUGCUCUGCUCUGCAGCGCUACCUGGACGGCGACUCCUGGGACCCCGAGAACCGGCCGCGCGGGCUCCUGGGCGGCUGCCCGCUCUUCCGGCACAGCCUCACAACCUCAUGAAUAAGCCAAUCACCGUCCUGGGGGAUGAGGCCACCGUGACGCCUGGACCAAGCAGGAGCCAGCCUUGGGGCUGGGUAGGUGGAGCAGCCUGGGAAUCCUGGCAGGGGAGGAAGAGCCGCCUGCUGCAUCUGCCACAGCGUAGCUUCACCAAGUGAAUAAACUGUUCUACGAUAGUUUACAGUUUGUCUCUCUGUCUUAUGAGGUCCUUUCUAUUCUUGCCACCUACUCCUUAAUUAUGCUUGCCCAUGCUUCUCCUUUAGCUUUCUGCCUGCUUCCCUCUAGCCCUUCCCGCCCUACCUCCCCUCCUCUCAUUUCACCUCCUGGGGACUUUUUCCUCCUGCCCACAGACUCCUCACUUCUUGGUGUGCUGUGCAGAGCACUUUGCUUCUCUCUCUGCCUCCUGGCUGCUCCUGCAGCUCAUCCGGGUAUAACCCAGUAAGGAUAAUUGCUAAACCAAAGGCUCUCUGCUCCAGGAAACAGUCAUAGUAAUAGCCCAGUAGACAGCAAUAGUGCUAGCUACUUGUGGUUUAAUGAUAACGUGUACAGUUUGUCUUAAGAGGUCCUAUCUAUUCUUGUCCUCUGCUCCUUUUUUGUGCUUGGCCAUGCUUCUCCAUCGGCUUUCUGCCUAGUCUGUAUUGGCACCUUCCUUCCACUCCUCUGUCUUCCCAACAGACUCUGAUCUCUUUGGGGAUAGGAGCUGCCUGACUCGAGUUCCCAUUAGUUUCUUCAUCAUGGUGCCGGUGCUUAAUAAAAGGGUCAGGAAGGAAGGCGGAACACCUAUUUCCUGCUGUUUAACGGGAAGAGAUCGAUAUGGGGAGUUAUUACGGCUGAGUUGGAGGUGUCCUCUGAGGCAAAAUGCAGAAGAGACCAGGAAAGAGGGGCCGGGUGUUCAUCCAGAGCCACCUGUGAGAGCAGGUGGUUUUGAAGUUCUUGUUGGCAUCGCAUUCCGGAACAUCUGCGUUGGCUGGACUCAUGAGGCCAUCAAGGGCUGCGUGCAGGGACAUCUCCUGUCAGGAGCGCAUUCCGAUUUGUAUGUGAAGGGACCCUGAUGGCACAGUGGCUAAGAGCUUGGCUGCUGUCCAAAAGGUCAGCAGUUCGAAUCCACCAGCUACUCCAUGGGAACCCUGUGGGGCAGUUCUACUCUGUCCUGUAGGGUCGCUAUGAGUUGGAAUCAGCUCGACAGCAAUGAAUUUGGUGUUUCGGUUUUUGGUCCACAGGCGUUUAAGGUGAGAAGAUGGAGGUACAGGGAGGCUACGCCACUUGGUGACGGACACACAGGUGGGGACAGAGCCAGGACGCAGGCCCGAGUGAUGUUUUUUCCAGGCUCUGGCUGUGCUGGAGCCUCUCCCUUCUGUGAGGCAGGAGGCACAGAGGGUCGAGUGGGAAAGCCUCAGGCCCCAGUGCACUUGGAGAGUCUCAGCAGGCCUGCAGGGAUGGCCUGGCCCAGAACCUCACUGUGGUAUGACUUAAGUCUGGAUGAAAUGAGAGCUCUGACAUUUCAGAGGGUGAAGUUCACCAUGGGUUUGCCUCUGUUAAAACGUGCAGUUCAGGAACAGGUCAAGAUAAGGAAGAAUUUGAUUAGUUGGGGCCUUGCCGUAGGAGAAGUCAUUUCCACAGCAGAUGUGGCCACCAGCAUAAAGUGUGGAAUAAUUUAUUGGCUAUUUGGUGGUGUAGUCAGGAAUCUCAGAAGCCCAGAUCAUGUUGCUAAGUGGCUUCAGCCACUCCAGGAGCAGAAAUACGCUGGGAUGUUUGCAAUGACCGAGAGGGGCCAUGGGAGCAACGUGAGAGGGAUCCAGACUGAAGCCACCUUUGACCUCUCUGCACAGGAGUUUGUAAUUGACAUGCCGUGUGAAAACGCCCAGAAGACGAGCGUCGGCAAUGCCGUGCUUGGGCACCACGCCUCGGUCAUUGCGCAGCUCAUUAUAAAUGGAUGAGCUCAAGGGCCCCACUGUUUCAUUGUGCCUGUCUGGGAUGAGAAUGGAAGCUUGUCCCCAGGAGUGACAGCGAUUGACAUGAUGCACAAAGAAGGUCUGCAUGGUGUGGAUAAUGGGAUCUCAACGUUUGACAAGGUCCAGGUGCAAAGGGAGAACCUGCUGGAUAGGUUUGGUUCCGUGGCUCCAGAUGGACAGUACCAUUCACCUAUUGAGAACAACAGUGAAAGAUUCAAUGCGAUGCUGGCAGCGUAGACCCGCUCCAAAUUAGCGGUGACAUCCAAGCGAUGGCCGGCAUGA